UUUCUGACAAUCACGGGAGCAGUACAACAGUCCAUGUGACAACUAGAAAAUUACUAAGCUUUUGUUACUCUUUAUUUUUUCCUUUACUGAUUUAAUGUCAUGGACAACAAUUUUUCUAUAGGUUACAAUUCUCUGAAGAGCUUCUAAAUGGACAAGAUGCCUGCUGUCGCAGUGAGCACUUAGCGUCAAGUAGCCCUGACUGCCUUUGAAGAGGACUGCCUGUUAGCAACCACUGGGAUGAAUUUGUCCACUGUUGCCUGGUUUCAAGAAUCAAUACAACCAUAGAGUAACUGCUGCACUGACAUUUCUCCGGUUUUGACCCGAACUGCUCCUCCUUGGAUUACAAAAGACAUGCUGAUGCAGCUGAGGAAAAGCCGAUGGGCACAGACUGCUCUUUAAGCUCAUAUUUCCAUAUUUUUCCUGAAUAAAACUGGAGAACAGCAUUGCAUGUGGAGAGAAAUUUUCAGAAAGGAAGAGUACAAUAUCCAACCCUUCUUUCAGCAGUUCACCUUUCGUCAAACAGCUGGAAAACAGCGAGAGAAGCAGCGUGAAAGACACAAAUUUAAGAGUGAUUCAAACACCGACAGAAGCCGACUGAACUACCUGAUAAGUCUGAGUACUUGGUAAUGCAAUUCUCAUUUACAGCUACAAAAAAUAACUUACAAUGUACUUUUUCAUCCCUCUCUUCCUGUGAGAGUAAAGGCUAUAAAUGUCACUGAUAAGCAGGAUGACCAGGGAGAUGUUAACUGCUUAACUAAUUGCUAUUAAAGUACCAGCUGUCUUAAUGGAGUAUAAUCAUGCCUGUUAAUGGAGUUUAAGACAUGAACGGGAGCCAGCAGAUGAAUUACACUGAUACUGCAUUAGUUUUGAUGCUGACCAUUAACGGAACAUUAGAUUAAUCGCUCAGCAGACUUUUAUUGUGACUGCAUGGAGGCUUCAGAGCAGCAAAUAAACAACAGCGGCCUUUGGGAAAUGACCAGGAGAGAUAACCGACUAAUAAAAACCAUUGUGCCUAUCAUGGACGGGAUCAUUCUGGUAACUGGUCUCGUGGGUCAGAGUCUGGUCAUCACCAUCCUUACCGGCAGGAGGAAAAAAGUAAGUCAACCCCCGCAUGGAACGGACACGUUGCUGCUGGCUCUGAGUGCCGCCGACCUGCUGCUGCUGCUCUGCCUGCCUUUCCACACCUCGGCAAUCACGCUGGGCUUCUGGCCUUUCGGCAGCUUCAUGUGCAAAGCCAUCAGCUUCUUGGGCGUGGCCUGCUCUUCUGCCUCCGUGUUCACCCUGGCAGCUCUGGCUGUGACGCGUUACCUCACAGUGGUACAUCCCACCUGGACCUACCGUUCGCGGAUGGACAGGCGCAUUAAGCUGACAGUGACUCUCCUCUGGGUCCCUGCUUCUGCUUUGGCAACACCGGAGUUUGCCUUCCGCACAAUCAGCACCUCCCACGAAGUAUACUGCUUUGCCUUCCUGUCCGGCUUCAGCCAGCUGGUCUACAGCAUUGCUCUUUUCCUCUUCGGUUUUGCUCUACCACUGGGCAUAAUAGUGCUCAUGUAUGCAAAGAUCUACUGCUUUCUUAAACGUGCACAGCAGCUGGGGAACACAUCCCGACUGGAACGUUAUCAGACACAAGUCACUCACACUUCAGCUCUCCUGGUCCUGGUCUUCACUCUGCUGUGGCUGCCCUCCUACGCCCUCAUGUUCUCCUUUGUUGGAGGAUCUAUACCGGGCUCACAUGGCCACCAAAUCUUGGCCAUCCUGGCCAGACUAUUGGCAACCUCGGUGGCAGUGGUAAACCCUGUACUGUAUGUCUUUAUGUCUCAGAAGUUUAGACGGGACUUAUUAGAGCUCGGGAGACAGCGAUGGACUUGGUGCAAAAGCUGUCUGACCGGUUGCCCUCAUGUGAUCAGCAGAGACACUGUACGGCCCUUUGAGCUGGACACAACCUCAGAGAGAGGCCAAAACUGACUCUUGGACCAGAAGAAAACACUGCUACCUCAUUAUCUAAUUAGUUUGCUAGAUAGAUGGAUGGAAAGAUGUGGAAAUGUAAUGCAAUAUUACACAUAAAAUGCUCAAAGCGGCGUUAAGUGCAAAAAUAAACUGAUUACCACUGUGAAUCAUUUCGUAGCAGUUUGCAAAAAUGCUUGUUUUUCCACAUUUGUUUUUCAUCCACUUAUGACAGAAUGUAUUCCACUGGGAAAUGUUGUAACAAUAUGAGUCAUGGAGGAUUUUAAUUACAAUUUGUCAGGAAUCAUUCUGUUGGGCAGGAGAAUGUUGUAAAACAAUGAUGCAACAUGAUAAUAUAAUCCUGUUCUGAUUAUGCUAAAAGCUGAUAUAUGAUCAUUUUGAUUCAGUGCUGGGUCUUAUCGGCGUGAACACACUCCCCUAACCUCUGCUGGAUUACCUCCAAAUGGAAUAAAUUCUGUAAUCAGUACAUGAAAAAGCUAAUGUGGAAAAAACAGCUAUUAUUUUUGCAGUCUGUUAAAACUCCUGAUCUCAAUGCAACAUCAAUAAAUACACAAACCC